AGCGGUCCUCCGGCACCUUUGGCAAGAGUCGAGGACAAUAGUGCAUCCAAUAGCACGUUACCGUGUCUAUUGCUAACAUCGAUUUUAUGCAGAAUCGGUCGCGCGCAUAACUUUUUUUUUUAAAUUAUCUGUCGUCGGGAAUCGUUCGGCAAAGCUGUUUCGUGUUAUAGUCCUUUAAUAUUUUUCGAAUUAAAAUCAGUGCAACAUCUAAAGGAUCACUAUAAGAUUUCACGAUGGGGGGAGUGGCUGAUAACUUUGCUCACGUACUUAGUACAAUAACCAUACUGUCAUGUAUGUUCCUGAAAGUGCCACAGAUUAUGAAUAUGAGGGCUAAGAAGUCCGCAGAGGGGAUUAUGAUUCAAGCCUUGCUUAUGGAAGUUGUCGGAUUCUCUAUCAUGACGCUCUACAACUUUACCAACCGCUACGCCAUAAUGACAUACUUGGAGUACCCUAUCAUACUCUGCCAAGUAUAUGUUAUGUUCUACCAUGUGCUGAAAUAUGAGAAUAUUCUCUGCAAACCAGUGGUGCCUUUGUGCACGCUCGCCUAUAUGUCGCUGGUGGCUGGGUUCAUGCUGGACGUGCUGCCGAAGGAUAUUCUCUCGUACCUGAUGCCGCUCUGCCCACCACUCAGUGGCUUCGCUAAGAUCUCCUACAUGUACGGGAUUAUCAAGGCCGAGAAUGCUGACGCUGUAUCCCUGACUACUUGGAUCAUAUCCAUCACGACUAACCUAUCCCGUAUCUUCACCGUCUACGUGGACUCUGGAGACCUCAAGCUGAUGGCAAACUUCUUCAUAUCCACCGUUCUGAGCAUCGCUGUACUGGUUACAGCCUUGUACUACAAGAGGCAGACCCCAUGCGACGACCCCCGUCACCAGCGCAGGAAGGCGGCUCGCUCUCGCAUCCAUUGCGACUAAAUGCGCUGAAUAACAAAGUAAAGGCCUCUAGUUUCUAUACGUGUAAAACAGGGAUGUUAUGGAUAUAGAUAUAAAAUUUCGGAUACGGAUAAAGGAACGAUUAAUACCGGAUACGGAUAUGAAAUUACUUCGAAUUAUCCGUAUGUUUCGGGUUAUUUUGGUUACGAUUAUGGAGCUCCCUAACAUCCCUGGUAGUAAUCGCGGUUACCUGACUCCUGAAACAUAGUACUGCAAAAACUUUAACGUAUAUAAUAAACGCAUUAAAAUGAUCUAAUAUGCAGAGUGUUCUGAAAUAUGCGUGUGUUUGAGCGUACUUUGCAACUGAAGCGUUUGCGUCACUUGCACUCAUACUGACGUCAUACGGGCGAAAAUCGCAUGAUUAAACCCUCAUAAGUACAGAAUUCUGUUUUUGGUAACCGCGAUCGUAUAGCAACUAUUUCUAAGUAACAAGCCUAUUAAUUCUUGCCAAACUUUGGACGCCAAACCAAGGAGAAUACCUUUCACUCACAGUUCUUGAUACAGGAAAAAAAAUAACACCCCUUACAGUGAAUUGGAAAUACUUACUUCUACGUAUAACUCCUUAUUUUUUAUAGAUUAUUUAAUAAAUUGUGGAUAUUUUAGGCUAUUUAUAUCAAUUAUGUAAAUGUUGACUAUUUACUUUUGUUUUUCCAUUUAUAUUUUAUAUUUUUACAUUGUUGACGUACGCGCGUACUUUUUAUUUUCGCGUCACUAUUAUUUAAUUUGUUAAGAACUGUGGGCUACUCGAAUACUCAUGGAUUACAACUACAGAUAUAACAAUAAUGUAACGUCAAUUAAAUUGACCAAAACUCAAACACGGACUAAGUCACAGUACAAAAUGAACUGUAUAAAGUGCCAUACAAUCGUACAAGUCAAUAUAAAUCCUACUAAAAUAAUAAAUAGAAAUCUCAACAUAGCAUAAUGACGCACUCAUACAAUUACUCCCUAUUCAAUUUUAUGCUAGCAACUUGAAAAUACAGCUUAC